ACAGACCUCGCUACAGACGAACAACCCAACAGGAACACUCUAACUUGGAGAAAAAAAAAAAACUUUUACACUUAGCGAGACAGAAACCCCGAAGACUAUAAAACAGCAUAUUUUUGGAAGUUUUGUCUUCGUCGGAACACAUCCCAUCUAACUUAACUAAGCUUCAUAUCGACUAUUCAACAAGGACUGUGUAACGAGAACUACUAAAGUUUCAGAAGCAGCGUAUUUUGGAUAGCCCUCGCGUAAAAAAUUCGUUGGACUCAUAGGGAAAAUAUAAAAAGUGUCGCUGGUAAUUUUCCCUGAGUCGGAAAGGAAUACAAAAGAGCGAAAGGGAGGAUAUCAUUUGCAACUGUACGUGACCAACCUUUGAACUAAAGUUUUGGUUUCUCUUCUAUGUCUACCAAGAUGGAAACUACUUUCUACGAUGACUCUCUGAACGGCGCUUUCUCUCAGCUUGACAGCGCUACCUAUGGAUACAACCACAAAGCCCUGAAACACAACAUGACUCUGAACCUUAGCGACCCAACCGGUAACCUUAAGCCUCACUUGCGAGCGAAAGCAAACGACAUUCUAACCUCUCCUGAUGUUGGACUUCUCAAGCUAGCUUCGCCCGAACUUGAAAGACUCAUUAUCCAGUCUAGUAACGGCCUGAUAACUACGACACCGACACCAACUCAGUUCCUUUGCCCAAAGAACGUUACAGACGAGCAAGAGGGAUUCGCCGAGGGGUUUGUGAGAGCCCUGGCGGAGCUUCAUCAUCAGCACAUGCCAGCCGCUCCGAACGUCACCUCAGCGCCACAGACAAGCAUCAACAACUCCAUGGCACCUGUGUCGUCCUUGGCAGGAGGCACAGUGUACAGCUCAGCUGUGCGCUCAGAUCCACCAGUGUAUGCCGACUUGAACACUUUCAAUCCGGCCAUAAGCACCGCACCCUCGGCUGUGGCAAGUUUCAGCACCACCAACCCCACACUGAGCUACACCACAGCUCCGCCACAGCACAGCAUCAACACACAGCUUCCAGUUCAGCACCCCAGGCUACAAGCACUGAAAGAGGAGCCGCAAACUGUUCCAGAGAUGCCUGGUGAAACGCCUCCCCUCUCCCCAAUCGAUAUGGAGAGUCAGGAGCGGAUCAAGGCUGAGAGAAAGCGCAUGAGGAACCGGAUCGCAGCCUCUAAGUGCCGGAAGAGGAAACUGGAGAGGAUUUCACGGCUGGAGGAAAAAGUCAAGACGUUGAAAUCCCAAAACUCGGAGCUCGCCUCGACAGCGAACAUGCUCCGUGAGCAAGUUGCCCAGCUCAAGCAAAAAGUUAUGAACCACGUAAACAGCGGGUGCCAACUCAUGUUGACGCAACAGCUCCAGACUUUCUGAAAAGAACAAUCCCAGAAGAGAGUUGACAAAUUAGACUCGAAAAACAAACUUCCAGGCUGUGCCGACGAGCUAGAGCGGCUGGCCGGUAACCCACAGCAUAUGGCUGCUGGCAACACCGGGACCUGGACUGUCUGGCCGCGUGCCUUGCGCUCUGGCGCGAAACGGAGUUCCGAAUGGACUUAGUCGGAGUGAGAACUGAACAAUCUGUGUUUAACCGACGACAAAACAGCAGCAAAGCGGCACUAGAGAUCACUCCUGCUUCAUGCUGUUUCUUUCGAAAAACGAGACUUAAUUUUGUUCACUUUGACCAAGUUGUGCAUGGACCUAACUAAGCUUGAAGGAGCACUCAGUAUUAGAAAACGACAUGAUUGCCUGAACUCUAACGCCAACCGGAGGGUGUGUCAUUUUUAGUCUGAAAAGUUUGAUUUAAGCUGCCUGACAACUUAGUUUUUCAGUGUACGUUAUUCUUGAUUUGCAUUGCGUUGUCGUUCUUUUUAAAUUAGACGAGCUUCUACAGUUUCUUUUUUAAAAAGUUUCUUAAUGGGGUUUCACUCAUUGUUAUGUACAUAAAUCCAAACGGGAGUACUUAAGUUUACCAUUUGUAAUAUGAAAUACGAUAUAAUUUUUUAUGUUUGCUUUCUGAGCAUUUCAGAAACUAAUCAAUAUUUAUGACUUGUAAUAAACGAUAUAAAAAGAAA